UUCUCUCUGCACCUGAACAACAUUUUCGUCCCCUCUUCCUUUAGUCGGUUCUGUUGCUUCGAACUUUCUGUGAAUCUCGAACUCGGUUUUCCUCCGCCUAUAUCGUUCGGUUCUACGGCGGUUAUCCCGGCGGCGAAGCUAAUUCACGGUAACGAAGAUGUUGGGUGCAACACCCAUAUUGCCACUUGAAGCUCCUCCAGCUGAUGGGAACCUCGGACCGCUUCCUCCUUCUCAAGUAACGGAGCAGUUUAACGAAGAGAAAGACUCAGAAGUGGAGCAGACCAAUUCGAAUUCGGCUCCGGCAUCUGUUGCUACUCACACAAAGACUAUCGGAAUCAUACAUCCUCCUCCAGAUAUCAGAAAUAUCGUCGAUAAAACAGCUCAGUUCGUCGCUAAAAAUGGGCCAGAGUUUGAGAAGAGGAUUAUAGCUAGCAAUGCCAACAAUGCUAAAUUCAACUUUUUGAGCGGGUCAGACCCAUAUCACGCCUAUUAUGAGCAUAAACUGUCUGAGUUUCGUGCUCAGAAUCAAGUUUCGGUUGAGCAGCCUGGUGAAUCGGCUGCUCCAGAGGCCAAACCUGCCCCUGCAGCUGUUGAUGGGGCUGAAGCAGCUGCCAAACCCGAUCUUCAAGCUCAGUUCAGGCCUGCCCCUCCUAAACCUCUUGAUCCUCCAGAGCCUGAAAAGUAUACUGUAAGACUUCCUGAAGGUAUCACUAGUGAGGAACUGGAUAUCAUUAAGCUCACAGCUCAGUUUGUUGCACGUAACGGGAAAUCGUUCUUGACGGGGCUGACGAGUAGAGAGAUUAGCAAUCCUCAGUUUCAUUUUCUGAAGCCUACCCAUAGCAUGUUCUCUUUUUUCACUAAUUUGGUCGAUGCUUAUUCAGAAGUGUUAAUGCCUUCCAAGGAUUUUAUAGAAAAACUGAGAAAGAGUGCUCCCGACAUGACCACAGUGCUUAGGCGUUGUUCACAUCGUCUUGAGUGGGAACGUGUGCAGGCACAACAAAGGCAGAAAGAAGAGGAUGAGAAGCAGCUGGAGAGAGAUCUGAUGGCUUCGAUUGAUUGGCACGAUUUUGUUGUUGUUGAGACAAUAGACUUUGUUGACGAGGAGGAUGACGAAUUACCACCUCCUAUGACACUGGAGGAGGUUAUAAGGAGAAGCAAGAUAUCAGCAAUGGAAGAAGAUGAAAUUGUUGAGCCUGGAAAAGAGGUCGAGAUGGAAAUGGAUGAAGAAGAAGUUAAGCUUGUUGAAGAAGGUAUGAGAGCUGCUAACCUGGAAGAGAAUGGUGCUGUGCAGAAGGAUAAUGUAAAAGAAGAACCAGAACCACCCAUGAGAAUUGUUAGGAACUGGAAGAGGCCAGAAGAAAGAAUCCUGGCCGAGAGAGACCCGACAAAGUUUGUGGUAUCACCAAUAACGGGUGAGCUCAUUCCUAUCAGCGAGAUGUCUGAACACAUGAGGAUUUCACUCAUCGAUCCCAAGUACAAAGAGCAGAAAGAUAGGAUGUUUGCUAAGAUCCGGGAAACCACUCUUGCACAAGACGACGAGAUUGCAAGAAAUAUAGUGGGACUUGCUCGUACACGUCCCGAUAUCUUUGGAACCACCGAGGAAGAGGUUUCAAAUGCUGUCAAGGCUGAGAUUGAGAAGAAGGACGAGCAACCAAAACAGGUAAUCUGGGAUGGCCACACUGGAAGCAUUGGGCGCACGGCAAAUCAGGCAUUGACGCAAAGUGCAAAUGGAGAAGAUCAAGGUGAUGCUGCUAUUGGGGAUGCAAGUAGUAAUCUCCCUGGUCCAGCAGCUCCUCCUCCUCUCCGGCCGGGUGUUAUAUCAGUUAGGCCACUACCACCGCCUCCUGGUCUUACACUGAAUCUCCCCCGGAUUCCUCCUCCCUCUCUUCAAUAUCCUGGUGCACCGAGGCCUGUUGGCAUUCCAAUGAUGCCAUCCAUGCAUCAAGCUCUUCAGUCUCCGAUGCCGAUGGCAUCAGGACAGCCUUCAAUGCUUGUCAAUCGGCCACCAGGUAUGCAACCAUCCAUGGGUCAACAUGGUAUGCCCGUGCCACCCCCGCCAGGUUCUCAAUUUGCUCAUAUUCCAGUUCCUCGACCUUUCACUCUUUCUAUGCCGCCACCACCCACUAUGCCUAUGAUGCAACCCCCACCUAUGCCUGGAGUUCCUCCUCCUCCACCACCUGAGGAGGCACCGCCACCGCUUCCAGAGGAGCCCGAGCCGAAGAAACAGAAACUUGAUGAGUCAGCUCUUAUUCCGGAAGAGCAAUUUCUUGCUCAACAUCUGGGUUCGGCUACCAUCAAGGUGUCUGUACCCAACGUGGAUGACGGGCAGAACCUCAAAGGGCAGGUUCUUGAAAUCACAGUGCAAACACUGUCUGAAACUGUCGGCAGUUUGAAGGAGAAAAUUGCAGGGGAGAUACAACUUCCCGCUAACAAACAGAAACUAAGUGGAAAAGCCGGUUUUCUCAAGGACAACAUGUCUCUUGCUCAUUACAAUGUCUGUGGAGGAGACACCCUAGCACUCUCUCUGAGAGAACGUGGUGGAAGAAAGAGAUAAAUAGGGUUUUAGCUCGAGUACUGGUCUUCACCAUGAGGAAAUAGUCCGCAUGCUCAUGCAGAAGGAUUUCUACUCCCAGUUAAUCUGAUGUUUACUCAUACCAUCAGAUGUAUUGGUCUUUGCCGUUUGAGAUCAUUGUUCUCUACUCUCAUCUCAUAUCUACAAUAGAGUUGUCACUCUGAGACUCUUGUUGUUACCGACAUUUAGAUGAAACCCGUAUUGUCUGUCUACUUCUGUUACUAACUGCUUUCCUUUUUGCAUUUGCAGCUAUUUUUGAGGCAACUAUUGGUGUUAUGUAACAAUCCUAGUUCUUUUUAAUUCAGCUUUUUUGGGAACA